UCUGUUCGUAUGUCAUUUACGUCAGUUCGUUGUCAAAAACGGUAGGAUUUACGUCGUUUUGAAUGUUCCUGUUCGAUAUGUUUUACGUUUAUCUAAUAAAAAAUUACGCGUUGUGUAAAACGGGGUGAACUAAACCUGCGAAAUGCCCGUAACGAUGAAUAACAGGUAGAAUAGAUAGUAUAAUGAACAUCUCGAACGAGAUGCCUCUUAGAGAAGGAUCCAAAGGCGGUUUGCACUGUAGCAAAGACGCCCUUACGGACGUUUUCGGUUGGUUUUUGCAAGUAUUGCUCGCGUGUCUUGCUUUCACGUGCCUAAUAGCCAAGAGAUUCUGUGAACCGCGACACGAGAGAAGGUCUUGGUUAAUUUGGUUUUAUGAUACUUCAAAACAGGGGAUGGGGGCCCUUGCUAUUCAUUUGGCAAACGUUUGGCUUGCUGGACAAUACACCGGUGAUCCUUGUACCUGGUACAUUAUAAAUUUUUUGUUAGAUUCUUCUUUAGGUUUGUUGAUUGUUUUUAUUGGUAUAAAAUUAUCGCAGUACUUAUCUAGAAGAAAAGGUUGGGAGGCUAUUAAUUUUGGUGAAUAUGGUAAACCUCCCUCCAUGAAUGCAUGGUUGGCACAGUGUUGUUUAUAUUUGGGUCUUAUGGUCAUUGUAAAAACUUGCAUAACAUUAUUUAUGCAGUUGGAUUUUUGGGAACGAGUAAAGGACUUCAUUCUUUCACCAAUUGAUAAUCCCAAGAUUGAAUUGGCAUUCGUGAUGCUCAUCAUUCCAUUUUUUGUAAAUAUAUUAAUGUUUUGGGUGACGGAUAAUUUCCUGAUGCACAGAAAUAAAAAAACAGCAAGUAUACGAAGAAGUAGCGUUGAACAAACGUUACUGGACAAGGUUAGAGUUCAAUAUAGAUCGAUAAGGAGGAAAGAUAAACGUCGAAACUCCGAGAGCGACAUACUUUUAUCUGGGGACGAAGACCUUCUCGACCAUGAGGACGUCAUCUAUCAAACGCCAACGAAAGUGAUAGUAACGUAAAACGAGAAAUUGGUAUAAAGUGUUCGUUUCGCGUGGUUGUAAGCUUAUUUUAUUUUUAUACUUAUAAAAGAGAAUGAGAACGUAAUAGAGUUAAACUUUAAGUUUUAAAAGUGAAGAAUAUCUUGAAUUUGCAUCGUGUGCCAAAAAAAAAACAAAUAAUAAUAAUAAAGACCAUGAAAUUGAGAUGAGUAAAAAAGGUGUGAUUCUUAAUAAAUAAUGCUGGUCUAGUCAUCAAUAGUUAUUAAUUAAUAAUUAUUGUCAGUGAAUGUGAAAUGGAAAAUUUGUUAUGAAUUUGAAUUGUUACCUUCUGUGACUGUGAUGUUCUUGCAGACUGAUUUUAGAUUUAGUGGCCUACCAAUUUUUUAUAUGUAUAUUUGAAAAAGUGCAGCAAUAAUUUUUUAAAACUAAGUGAAACAAAAUCUACAAAUAUUAAAAAAUGCAAAUUUGAGAUAUAAAAGAAACUAUUUCAUUUUUACAUUCAUUUUUUUUAUUUAUAAUCUUAUUAGUAAAAGUGGAGUGAUAUAAUAGGAUUUGAAGACCUACAAUCAACGCAAAUGGGGUAAAUGAUCUGGUUACGCGGUCUAAAAAAAUCAAAACAAGCACAUUAAAAGUGUUUAAAAACGAGACGUUAAAAAAGUUGAAAUACUUUGGUGUUCUUUAAGGAUACUUUUUUUGCUUAAUUUUUGUCUUAUGUACUUUUUGUUACUUUGUAAGAUAUAUUUUUGUGUUAUUUUCUUAUUACCAACUACUUAGUUUACUAUUAACAGCUACAAACUACGAAUACAAAUCACCAAAUAUUAGUCCUAAUAUUUAUUGUUUUGUGAUUGUUACAAUUUUAAUGAUACAAUUGUUAUUAUUAUACGAUAUGUACAUAAAACAUGAAGAGGGAAUAAAUUUAUUUUAAUAAAAA